AACCGUCAACACCGCACCUCUCCGUCCAUUAAAAUGGCUCAGGAUCCCAAACCUCUGUACUUUGCCGUGGGUCCUGGCCCUAAUGAGGUCACCUGUCCCUACUGCCGCACCAAGGCCACCACUCGGGUGGUGCGAUCCUGGCUGCGUUGCUGCACCAAGAGGCAUCACUGUGGCGCCUGCGGGGAGUAUCUGGGCGUGUACCGGCGCCCACAGCUGUAGGAAGCCAGCGAAGAUGUCAUACGAUCCACACAUUAACCUGAUUGAUCAUCACAUGGAGAGAAAAAUAUUUAACGAAAAUUGAUAGCUUUUUCCUGUCACUUUUUUUGAA